AUGCGAAAAGGCAAGCAAGGAAAAGCCGAGAAAUCGUUGGAGAGACUAAGGGGAAAGGACUAUGACAUCAGAGGUGAAUUGCAGGCGAUACAAGCUGCCAUCGAUCAAGAAAAGCAGAUGGCCGGCUUCAAAGUGGCCAUCAAAACGAAAGCAGCAAAAAAAGCCACUGUGAUCUGCUUCACGUUGAUGGUCUACCAGCAAUUUUGUGGAAUAAACGCGGUCACGUUCUACACACAGGAGAUCUUCUUAGCAGCUGGAUCCGACCUUGAACCACAUUGGUGCGUCAUCAUUCUGGGAAUCGUCCAGGUUGUGGUAACAUUGUGUGUCUCGUGGGCCAUUGAAAAAGCUGGAAGGAAGAUAUUGCUGAUGGUUUCCUGUGGACUCAUGGCUUUGGCCUCCGCGAUGAUCGGAUUAUUCUUCACAUUUAAGAACCGCAAUCUUAUGGAUGAAGAUGGCGUGAAAUCUAUAGGUUUUCUGCCUAUCAUUGGCGUUAAUUUGUUCAUCAUAGCCUUCUCCAUUGGCUUGGGGCCCAUACCAUGGAUGGCGUCUUCUGAAAUUUUCCCACCAGAGGUCAAGUCCAAAUGUAGCUCGGCAGCGGCAACAUUCAAUUGGUUUUUGGCUUUCUUGGUUGCCAGAUUCUACUUGAAUUUGGCCAAUGCCAUUGGAAAUGACGUAACGUUCUUCAUAUUUGCUGCAAUCGCCGGAUCAGGUAUCUUUUUCACAUUAUUCGUGAUACCGGAGACGAAAGCGAAGACUUUUGAACAGAUUGUUGCAGAGCUGGAAGGCAAGUAA